AUGGGCUUUGUCGAAACCCUUAAAAUGGCGAUUUCCGACUACAUUUCAGCAAACCCCUACGCUCCCCCAACCCAUUUUCAUCACUGCUGAAGAAACCCUAACCCUACCUCAGAUCUCGUCACUCUCUCCAUUUCAACUCCGGUUACAGUGAUGUCAACCUCAACUGAGCCGACGGUGACGAAAAGAGACGAAGAGGAGGAUGAAGACUCUAAGCCGGCCGCCGACGACGAGGAUACCGGAGCUCAGAUUGCCCCGAUCGUCAAACUCCAAGAAGUUGCAGUCACCACCGGCGAAGAAAACGAAGAUGUUCUCCUCGAUUUGAAAGCGAAGUUGUAUAGAUUUGACAAGGAAGGUAAUCAAUGGAAGGAACGAGGAGCCGGUACCGUAAAACUGCUAAAGCACAAGGAGAGUGCCAAAGUUCGGCUGGUCAUGAGGCAGAACAAGACCCUUAAGAUCUGUGCCAACCAUCUUGUGCUAUCAACAAUGUCUGUACAAGAGCAUCAAGGCAAUGAGAAGUCUUGUGUGUGGCAUGCUGCUGAUUUUUCUGAUGGAGAGCUCAAGGAUGAAACUUUCUGUAUUCGAUUUGCUUCUGUUGAGAAUUGCAAAAGUUUCAAAGAUAAGAUUGAGGAAAUAGCUGAAUCUCAGUCAAAGGAGAGCGGCGAUAGUGAAGAAGCCGACACUGCUGCUAGUCUUAUUGAAAAGUUGAGCGUUGAGGAGAAAGCCAAGGAUGAGAAAUCAGAGCCCAAAGAAGUGCUUUCUUCUUCGGAAGAUAAGAAGGAAACCAUUGAGAAACCGGUAAAACCUGUGUCCGACGAGUGAGGUCUUUUCUUUUAAUUGUGAUCUGUGUUUUUUUGUCGAGAGAGUUGAAAGCUUGAGUUGGUCAGUGAAUUAAACCUUAGCACCUGAUACAAUAGUUUUGAAGCAUAGUGUAUUUUGUGAUUUGGUUUGUUUGCUAUUUCCCGGUGGGUCAGUUGUUCAGUCGGUCGGUGGAUCAGUCGGUGUGUUUAGUGUGGGUAAUAUUGAAACUUUUCGUUUUAUCACUAUUGAGAGAUUGUAUUUCAAAAUUCUAAAUGGGGUGCAUUACCCUAGCAUAUAUGAUGUUUAUCUUUGUCCA